GCUCCGCCCCGCCCUCCCGCCCCGCCGCCGCGCAUCCAUACUUGGCGAUGGCCGGCGAGCCGCGCGCUGAUUGGCGGGGAGCGGCGCGGGGGCGGGGCCGGCGCCGCUGACCCGGAUGUUCACUGCCGGGCGGCGGCGGAAGCGGACGGGCCGCGGCGUCGAAGCGACAGGGACGGACCGGGAGGCGCCGCCGUUCUACCGCCCCGCGCACCCGCCCAGCCGACAUGAGUGACCAGCAGCUGGACUGUGCCUUGGAUUUGAUGAGGCGCCUGCCUCCCCAGCAGAUAGAGAAGAAUCUCAGUGACCUCAUUGACUUGGUCCCCAGCCUGUGUGAAGAUCUCCUCUCCUCUGUGGAUCAGCCCUUGAAGAUUGCACGAGACAAGGUGGUAGGGAAGGAUUAUCUAUUGUGUGACUACAACAGAGAUGGGGACUCCUACAGGUCACCCUGGAGCAACAAGUACGACCCUCCCCUGGAGGACGGUGCCAUGCCCUCGGCUCGCCUGCGCAAGCUGGAGGUGGAAGCCAACAAUGCCUUCGACCAGUACAGAGACUUGUAUUUUGAAGGUGGAGUCUCCUCUGUCUACCUCUGGGAUCUGGAUCAUGGCUUUGCAGGGGUGAUCCUCAUUAAGAAAGCUGGAGAUGGAUCAAAGAAGAUUAAGGGAUGCUGGGAUUCCAUCCACGUGGUGGAGGUUCAGGAGAAGUCCAGUGGCCGCACUGCCCAUUACAAGCUGACCUCCACAGUGAUGCUGUGGCUGCAGACCAACAAAACUGGCUCUGGUACCAUGAACCUGGGGGGGAGCCUCACCAGACAGAUGGAGAAGGAUGAGACUGUGAGUGACUCCUCUCCCCACAUAGCCAACAUCGGCCGCCUGGUAGAGGACAUGGAAAACAAAAUCAGAAGUACACUGAACGAGAUUUAUUUUGGGAAAACAAAGGACAUCGUUAAUGGGCUGAGGUCUGUGCAGACUUUUGCAGACAAAUCAAAACAAGAAGCUCUUAAAAACGACCUGGUGGAGGCUUUGAAGAGAAAGCAGCAAAGUUAAAGUUCUGUCUGUGCUAACCAGCCAUGCCAUGCACUCGUUAGAUUCCUUUCCUAGAGAAUCAUCCCCGCCCUUUUCUGUUGGUCACGUCACGAUUUGCAUCCAGUACUCUCCAUGCAAAGCCAUCCUCUCCCCAUGAAUAAAGCUGUACAAACUUU